GUUUACUUGAAUGGUUAAUGCCCCCCAUUUGGUUUCUGCUGCCCUCUUGCUCGUCCUAUUUGUGGCCUCCUAUUGGAGAGAACUUGAAGGAAAUACCGAGGUUCUGCGAUGGACCGAGGAGGAAUAUUAGUAUCUUUGUCCGGCCAUAUAUCCAGACUUAUCCUAGCUGGCUAUGUCGCUUGUUUCUGGUCCCAUCUAAUAGUCGGUGCCAUAGGCAUAUGCCAAGAGACUAUGUCUUUUUUUCCCGAAAUGCAGGGCUCGCUAUUUUCAAUCGUCUGCGUUUCUAUAUCGUCCUUGAUCUUACCCAUCGCAAUUGCUUACGGCAGCCGUGCAUAUGCAUGCGGCGGGCUUGCUAUAUCAAAGCCGUAUAUCCAUGAGGAUAUGACAGUUUGUCGAUGUACCCCGGAACUACUUUCAAUGCUUUGCCUCGUUCACACCAUGCCAAUGCGCACCCAAUGUGCAUUGCCACCUGCUUGUCACCGCGCAGCGAUGUUCAGGACCCUAAUUUAAUUUAUCGUUCUCUCGCGUAGACUCGGGACUGCAAUGGGCGUUUCCCAGAGAAAUCCUAUCACUUUCCGGGACCUACUUAAUUCCGCGUUAUAGAGAUACGUAUUCAACGUCGUUUCAAUGCCGAUCAACCGGUUUUACCACUGAUCAGUGAUCAGACCAAUUGAUUCCCGCACUACACAUUUCUGGGGCCUAUCUUGGGUCCCCGGGAUGAGCAGGCUAAUCAGAGUAGCCAGU